UGCUCAGAGAGUAAACUAGUUAAUAUGAAUAUCACGCCUCCACUGAAGUCUCUGUUUUUUUUUGUUGUAAUUAUGUUCCCCAGUAUUGUUAAACCAAUUAGUAAAGCAGUCGAUGAUCAGGUCUGCCCAGUUCAAAGGUGUAGACAUGAUGGUCCUGAUAUCAAGUUUCCAUUCCGUCUACAACACUAUCCCCCUCAAUGUGGCCAUCCGGAGUUUGAGGUUUCCUGCAGCAGCUUCAGCAACAAGACCAUGAUGAAGCUUUCCUCAUCAUCAGGAUUCUUUCUAAUAGAAACAAUCGAUUACGAGCGUCAACUGUUUCGUGUGUCAGAUGAGGAUGGUUGCCUCCCGAGACGCCUUCUUAAUUUUACUGCCUCCUUCUCGCUCUUUCAACCAGCAGACAUGUCUUACAAAACGGACUAUUGCGCUUUCUUUUCCCGGUACAAAAACAUCUUGACGUUGUUAAACUGUACCCAGGCACAAAAUUUGAGCGCAUCCACUACAACAACAGAUGACGACUCCAUAGCGAUCAAAUGUCUCAGUGUCCCGGGGCAUUAUCAAAUUGUGGCUGUUGCCGGGGAUUUUAGUUUGUUUGACUUGCCGGUAGACAGUCAUUGCUAUACUUUGUCAGAACUCUUUCUUCCACUCAGACAUAAUCCGGCUUAUAGGUGUGAACCAGACACUGGUUUUUCGCUGCAAUGGGGACAAAAACACAAAGGUCAUGUAUCGACUAGGUUUAUUGUCAUCGGAGUGAGCGUAUGUGGGUUUGUUGUCUUGUCAACUACGGCGGUAGGCAUCUUUUACCAUUUAAAGCAAUCAAUAAAGAGGAGAGAGGAAAAGGAGAAUCAAAGAAAGAUUGAAAAGUUCCUAGAUGAUCACAAGUCCCAUGUACCAACAAGAUACUCCUAUGCUGAUAUAAAGAAGAUGACAAAUGAAUUCAAGAAGAAGUUAGGUGAAGGCGGUUUUGGAAGUGUUUUCAGUGGAAAGCUUCCCAAUAAUGGAGUGCCAGUUGCAGUAAAAGUCCUCAAGGAUUCUAAAGGAAGUGGAGAAGAUUUUGUUAACGAAGUGGGAACCAUUGGCAGGAUUCACCAUGUAAACGUGGUUCGCCUACUUGGGUUUUCAGCUGAAGGAGGGAACCGUGCUCUUAUUUUUGAGCUCAUGCCAAACAGGUCCCUAGAGAAGUUCAUCAAAUCUACAGGAUCAAAUAAGAGCAGGAGUUCAUUUAACUGGGAGAAACUUUGCAACAUCAUCACAGGUAUAGCAAAGGGAAUCGAGUACCUUCACCAAGGGUGUGACCAGAGGAUUCUCCACUUUGAUAUCAAGCCUCACAAUAUCUUGUUAGACCAUGCCUUUAAUCCGAAAAUUUCUGAUUUUGGUAUGGCUAAACUCUGUUCCAAGGAAGACAGUGCUAUAUCUAUGACUGCUGCCAGAGGCACUAUAGGCUACAUUGCACCUGAAGUAUUUAAUGGAAACUUUGGAACUGUCUCCCACAAAUCGGAUGUGUAUAGUUUCGGGAUGCUUGUUCUUGAAGUUAUUGGAGCUAGGAGGGAAAAUGCGGUUACAUCUAGUGACAAUGAGGUGUAUUUUCCUGAAUUGAUUUACAAGUGUCUGAUCCAAGGAGAAGAGUUGGAUUUGGAGCUAGCUGAUGAUGGAGAUGCUCAGAUUGCUAAGAGAUUAGCAAUUGUGGCACUCUGGUGCAUCCAGUGGUACCCGGUGAAUCGCCCUUCCAUGAAAGAAGUUGUUAUAAUGCUGGAAGGACCCUCCGAAAGCUUGAUCAUGCCACCCAAUCCGUUUGCUUCCACAACUCAGAUGGAUCCAACAACAACCCCAUCAAGUUAAUUAGAAACAAUGUUAAAGUGAUUUCACUGAUGCUUGUCUACAUGCCUGCAUUCUAAAGGUGUACUGGUGUUGAUCCUAAAAUAAUCCACUGCAAAUAGUUUUUGUUAAAUUGUAUCUCAGUCAGUGUUUCAAUAUUGUUACUAGAUAUCAGUUAAUAAAUGACUACUUCAG